AUGCGGCCGCUACUGCUUCUGUUGGCAGCGCUUGCUAUGGUCCUAUUUAACGACUACAAUACUGCAAAAGCUGCUACUGACGAGACAUUUUCUGACUUUUCAGUAUUUGAUCUACAUGGUCGUCAAGUUUCCAUGCACGAGUUUAGCACAUUUCGAGUUAUUCUCGUGGUUAAUGUUGCAAGUGAGUGUGGAUACACGGACAAGAAUUAUCGCGAAUUACAGAAAUUGUAUGAAAAAUACUACGGUAAAGGGUUCACUGUGUUGGGCUUUCCAUGCAAUCAGUUUGGUGGACAGGAACCUGGUACGGCUGAUGAGAUCAUCAAGUUUACACAGGAAAAGUAUCAUGUUACGUUUCCGCUGUUUUCUAAGGUGGAUGUAAAUGGGGACAAUGCGCAUCCGCUGUUUAAGUUUUUGAAGAAUAAACUUGAUGGACUUAUUACCAACGAUAUCAAGUGGAACUUUACGAAGUUCCUCAUUGUUAAUCAUGAACCGGUUAAGCGAUAUGGCACCACUACGUCGCCAUUGGAGAUUGAGGACGAUAUCGUGCAGGCGUUGCACAGUAGCCACCAUGUGAAUGAGUUUGACGACGGAGGUGCGUCCGAUGGAGAUCAUGGUGACACUCACAACGAGUUGUGA